GGGGGUGGGGGGUGGGGGGGAAGAACUGGGUAAAAGGAGAAGGAGAGAGAGAGACGGAAGACAGGUUUUGGAUUCCUGUGGGGAUCUCAGCAUGCUGUUCCGAUGAACCUUCCUCAUGCACAACCGAGGGGGUAAGGGAAAAGAAAUCAGAAGCCACAAAGCACUUCGAACAAGAAGACUUUUGAGGAAUCCAGCCUUUGGCUACAAUGCUGCAAGAGCCGUUGUAAUGAAUCACACCAUGUUCAAGAUUCUUCUUUCAAGAUCAACAGUAGCAUCUUCCCUUUGGGAUGCAAAACCACUGGAAAAAAGUUAAGAUUUAAGGGCAGCUGUCGUGGGGGAAAGGCGUUUGGUGCAGCCAACUCCAGGUGCCCCCCCCCCUCUUCUUUUCCUUGCCCUUUAUCAUGGGAGGAAAUGCGAUCCGCUGGAAGUGAGUUUUACGGUCACCAGAUUGGUUCCUCUCUGGAGUUUGUGUCCUCUUAAGACUUUUCUUUUCUCCCUGAAAAUGUGAAGAACCGUGAUCUGCAAAGUGAAUCUUUUUUUUUUUGUGCAUGCGCCCGGCUCAAGUUCACAUUUUCGAAAGGAUGAGACCUUCUGCUGCUUUUUCCGAAACCUUCUAAAGGUAGGCAGGGUGUCCGUGUUUGCCUGAGUUGGCUCCAUUCCGAGAUGCCUUCAUCAGAGUCUGUGAAGAAAUGAAAGCAUAGCCGAAGGCAACCUGUGUACCUUCACCUGUCUGUUCAAAGGUCAGUGCAAAAGUAUUCAGAAUCCAGACUGCUUUCUCCAAGCCUUCACAAAAAAGAAGAAACAUUGCAGAGAUCCACACGCCUGCGGCUUGUUUGCUCCAGAGAAUGGCAGCUGACAUGGUCUUCAGGCAGCGCGUGGCCGUGAGGUCUACGUCUGUUCCUAGUGUAGCUUAGAGGCUCUGGGUCCUGGCCUUAUGGUGGAACCUGCAAGAUGGGCAGCAGUAGUUCAGCACUGAAAAUUUGCACUGAUCACCAGGGAGGAAUCAACUGGCUCAGCCUCAGUCCCGACGGGCAGUGGCUGCUGACUGGCAGUGAGGACGGCACCGCGCGACUCUGGAGCACUGCAGACAGCCAGUGCCGGGGUCAUUUUCAAGGGCACGAGAGCUACAUCACUUUUUGCCACCUGGAGAAUGAGGCUGCCUUCACAUGUAGCGCCGAUCACACCAUUCGAAAGUGGGACGUAAUGACUGGCCAGUGCCUGGCAGUUUACCGCGGGCACACGUCCAUUGUGAACAGGAUCCUCGUUGCCAAGGACUAUCUCUUCAGUGGCUCUUAUGACAGGACAGCACGGUGCUGGAGCAUGGACAAAGAGAAGCCAAUCCAGGAGUUCCGGGGUCACCGGAACUGUGUCUUGACCUUGGCCCUCUACUCCUCCAGGGACCUUCUGGGGGAUUCCGAAGGGGAAGAGUCGGAGGAAGAGAAACUAAGCAAAGGCUUCUUGGUGACGGGAAGCACAGACUGUACUGUCAAAGUCUGGUGGGUGUCCAGCGGGCGUUGCCACCAGACUCUGCUGGGACACACUGGGGCCAUCUUAUGUCUUAUACUUGACCCUCCGAACAGGGAACUCUUUUCGGGUAGCACUGAUUACACCAUUCGAACGUGGAACAUUGUCACCGGUGAGCAGCUGAGAGUAUUCAAAGAGCAUCAAGGAGCCAUCAUCUGCCUGGAGCUUGUGAAUCGACGCUUGUAUUCAGGGAGUGCAGACAGGACAGUGAAAUGCUGGCUGGCCGACACUGGGGAGCGAGUUCGAACGUUCAAAGCCCACAAACACAGCGUCAGCACUUUGAAGUAUCAUGCUGGGAUAUUGUUUACGGGGAGUGGAGACGCCUGCGCUCGAGCUUUUAAUACAAAAACUGGGAUCCUGCAAAGAGUGUUUCGGGGGCACAAGCUGGUUAUCAACUCCAUCCAGAUUCACAAUGAAUUAUUGUACACGGCUUCCCACGAUGGCACGCUCAGGAUCUGGGACAUACGGCCGCUCUGCAAGCGUGGGAGGCGGCGCUGGAAGAAGGAGAGGUCCGUCCAGGGCAGGAGCUCCCAGAAGGGAAGUCUGUCUCGGCUUUUCAACAACAAAGUGGGCUGCAUGGUGCACCAGCAAGAUGGUGGGGAGCAGGAGGCCGUAGAGCUCAUGUGACGGCAGCGGCAGGACCGUAACACUUCAUAUCAGUUGCAGCGCCCCCGCCCACGUGCAGCUCACCUGCCGGUUGCGGAGGUUCACCAGGGAGCUUGAUAAACCUAUUUUUUUUGCUGCUUGUGUAGAGCUGUGAAAAGGGGACUGUGAGUCACCUGGCAGGCACAAUAUGUGUGUUGCAAUCCAUUGUGCGUGUGUGUGUGUGUGUGUGUGAAUCAGAUAUGUGGCACAAUAAGUGUGUUGCAUUCCAUUGUGCGUGCAUGUGUGAAGCAGAUAUGUGGCACAAUAAGUGUGUUGCAUUCCAGUGUGUGUGUGUGCGUGUGUGAAGCAGAUAUGUGGCACAAUAAGAGUGUUGCAUUCCAUUGUGCGUACGUGUGUGAAGCAGAUAUGUGGCACAAUAAGUGUGUUGCAUUCCAGUGUGUGUGUGUGUGUGUGUGUGUGUGUGAAUCAGAUAUGUGGCACAAUAAGUGUGUUGCAUUCCAUUGUGUGUGUGUGUGUGUGUGAAGCAGAUAUGUGGCACAAUAAGUGUGUUCCAUUCCAUUGUGCGUGCAUGUGUGAAGCAGAUAUGUGGCACAAUAAGUGUGUUGCAUUCCAUUGUGUGUGUGCGUGCGUGCGUGAAGCAGAUAUGUGGCACAAUAAGUGUGUUGCAUUCCAUUGUGUGUGUGUGCACGUGUGUGAAGCAGAUACCCUUGUCGGCCUGGCGCAGGACCAGUGGAGGCUGAUGAAAAGGCACUGAGGAAAACAGAGAUCCUCCCAUAAGGGCUUUAUUUCACUCUCCUGCCAAAGGCUUCUGAAGUCUCCUUAGGCCUCUGGAGGGGAGGGGUGUUUGGGCAGGCCAGCUCUCCUCCGCUGUAUUUUCUUUACGGCAGACUCUUUAGAGAGGGCUCCUGACUCAGUGGAAGAACCUCUGCCUUGUGUGCAAGUGGUCCCAAGUUCAGUCCUUGGCAUCUCCAGUUAAGAAGAACAAGGCAGGAGUUGGUGUGGAAUACCUCAGCCUGAGACCCUGGAGAGCAGCUGCCAGUCCGAGUCGGCAGUGCUGAUCCUGAUGGGCCAAGGGUUUGAUUCAGUAUAAGGCAGCUUCUUGUCUGUCCCUGGGGGUCCCUGUGUGCCAACUGCCCCCGGAGGAGGGGUGUCCAACUCUGGCAGUUCAGAUGUUCAUGGUCUACAAUUCCCAUCAGCCCCAGCCACCAUGGGUCUAUACUAUAUCGAAAGCACUGCAGAUGCACAGAAGGAAGCUGAUACCCUCUAGGGCAGGGGUGUUCAAUGCUGGUGCUUCAGAUGUUAAUGGACUACAAUUCCCAUCAGCCCCUGCUGGCAUGGCCAAUUGACCACUGGUAUAGACAGUAUCCGGGCAGUGAAACUGUGAGCUGGAAUGAAAAAUAUUGGGGCGGAUGAGAUGCCGGAGUACGUUUGAGGCCAAAGGGAAUUCCAGAGGCUUUUCAAGCUAGUGCAGGAAGGCUUCAGGGGAGAUCUGCCAGCGCCAGUUUGGGAUAUAGUGGGAGAUUUUCCUAACUAGCAUCGGUCUUUCCCACAUAAUACUGUCCUCCCAUGACUCCACCUGCUCUUCCAGAAUAUCUGAGGGGCAAUCUAGCCUGAGCCUUAUAAGGGCGGAAUGAGAAGGUUUGGAGGAAUUUGGGGCUGUGGGGCGCCGGGUGGGGGUGGAGGAGGUGAGAAAUACUGUGGUUUGUCUCCAUGGGGUUAGUGACACAGCAUUUGGAACAGUGUUGCCUGCUGCGGGUUCCCUGGUCAGAUCUCAAAUUGUGCGAAUGGGCGGAGACAAACGAACGUGUCUUGAGCAAUUAGCCUAAUGCAGAUCGGUGCUUGCCCCUUGUUGGGGGGGGGGGGGCAGACAUGCAAAUUUCUAAAUUGGGAACAGCCCCCUCUUUCCUGCCCCCAGCUUUGCAGCCUGCUGAUCAACCGGUCUCUGUGACACUCGCAGAGGCGGCUUCUUCUCACAUACAGCGAUUCAAGCUUAAAACAGAACAAAACUGGUUUAUCUGAAAGACCUGCUGAAUAGACAUUUAAGUGGGCAGGUGCACUGUGUGCUUGGCGCAACUGUGUUUUUCAAAGAAAGCCUGCUAGAAAUAUAGGAAGGAAAGAGCAAAAAUCUGUGCUGGGGUUAUGCCUGCAUUCAUCCACAGAAGGACCAAGCCACAUUUAGGCCAGCAGUGGGCUUUAAGAAGGUAUUUUUGGGAUUGGAAGCAGAAAGGGGCUGCCUGGCUUUCUGGCUGGUGAGAGACAGAUCUAGCUUGAGGCUUGCAAAGGUGUCUCUUUCUUGAAAGGCUGAACUUGAGCAGGGGCAUGAACCGACCCACCGGCUGGUCCCUUCUCUCUCUCUCACUCCCCUUCAUUUGUUUAGAUAACCACUGAGCCAUAAACAUGGAACCUGUGUGGCAGACUUGGCUGUAGCAGUGUGCAACUGAAUCAAAUGCUUCAGUUGUGUGCCUGUGUGUGUGUGUGUGGUGACUUGUGUAACAUUGUAAUCAUAUUAGUGACCAUGAGAGUUUGCAAAAGACGGUUGGGUAAUAAAAAUGGUUAUGCAGAGAA